AUUUUACAAGAUAUUUGUCAAGCAAAUUCGAAUUUAUGUUCAAUGUGUUUAAGUGAUAAAUCAAGAAAAUACUUCUCCGAAUGAGAUAAAGUAGUAUUUUUUAGCGAAUAAACAUGAAGUGGCACAUAGCAUUUGCAGCAUUUGCUGCUUUAAUCCUGACCAUACACGCCGAAGAAGAAGAAGAAGCUGCAAGAUUGUUAGUAUCGAAGCAGCUACUUAACAAAUACCUCGUCGAGAAUAUGGACAUUGUGAUCAAGUACACAGUACAUAAUGUUGGAAACUCUGCUGCAUUGGAAGUAGAAAUUACAGACAACUCUUUCCAUCCCGAUCAUUUUACUCAUGUGAGUGGGGAAUUGAAUGCUAGAAUAGACCGUGUUCCACCUUACACGAAUGUCAGCCACACUGUUGUUGUAAGGCCACGUAAAUAUGGAUAUUUCAACUUCACAUCUGCGGAGAUUUUGUAUAAAACUAAGGAAGAUGCACCCAGAUUACAAUUUGCUUUGAGCAGUGAACCUGGCGAAGCAAUAAUUGUAUCUUUCAGAGAUUAUGAUAAACAAUUUUCUUCUCAUGUGAUUGAUUGGGCUGCAUUUGCUGUGAUGACAUUACCUUCGUUGGCUAGUCCCUUUAUGCUAUGGUAUUCUAGUAAAAGUAAAUAUGAAAAGUUAUUAAAAACAUCAAAAAAGCAUUAAUUAUGUAGAUUCCUAUUAAGUUAUUCGAAGGAGGUUGCUUUUUCACACAUUUGUAAGAAAAACCAGACUGUUCCGUCUUGUACAUCUAAUUUUAUAAUAAAUAUUAUCUCUAAAGAAAUAUAACACCAGUGUUCAAAUCA